ACCGAAUCAAUGCCUCUCAAUUCCACUUGAGAAGUUCGCUGUCAAUGAAUUCGUGAACGCUGCGUAACUUCAGUGCACGCUUAGGAAUAUAAUGAUCGUAAAUAUAUUCGCAAGUCAAAUAUUCACGGUGCAAACAGAGUUAAUAUUACUGUAAUCCAAAAGUAACGAGUAAUAUUAUAUAUACAGUGUGAUAGCGCGCGAGCUUAUUACGAAUCCGUCUAUAAUUAAAUGCUUUAUAUCAGUGAAAACGUGAUUGUACGAAAAGAAAUAACGCAUGCAGUGGUCGAGUAAAAAAUGGUGUGACGUACAGUUUUUAUUUUCAGCUUAUUUUUGCCCACAGUUUUGCUGAGCUGUGCGGUAAUAGUUAGUCGUAGAAGAUCUACAGAUGCCUUGAAAGUAGUUGAGACUGGCCAUAAUAUAUAUUUGACUGUAAGGAGAAUGAAAUAAUUUUUCGCGAGACUUAACGUUGUCAAAAGUGAAAAACAGGCACGCCCGAUCCACCCUAAUUCGGUUACGUAAAAUUCAACCUUACAACGGUAAUCGAACGAUGCCUAGAAACAAAAGGAAAGAUUGAAGUCAAAGGAGUGCCUCCAGGUUACGUGUUCCGUAUCCACUGAAUCAACCAACCCUAGAUAUACAAACAACUGGGUGCAGUAUUAAAUGUGACGUUGACGCUGCUGGGCCAGGGGCCACUCCUUCAGAAGAGAAGCUUUAUCAAACUCAUUGUCAAGCUUGACUGACGUGAAUCUACCGCCAGAUGAUACGCGCGAUGCCUAAUGUAACCUGAAUGGUUGUUAUAACCUGAUCCUGAGACCACGUCCGGAUCAAAAACUGUGCACAUAGUACAAAAUGGGAAUAUGAGACGGAAGAUUUGUCAGUGAGUCAGAAAGCUAUUCCGAGAGUAUGAAAGCCGAGCUUCCAUCCCAGAUCGCUGCCAGUGCAUCGUUAUGGAUGUAUGUCGGGUGCACAGGGCAAGAGAUAAAUGAUGAUGCGUUAAAUGGAUCAACACUCGUUUUGGAAUUCAUCGUGGAAUCGUUGCUCUAUAUCCUUUAGUUCCAAAUUAAAAAUUAACCUACCGCUUACGAAACGAUCGUUGUCAGGGGUCAGAAAAUUCUCACAGAAAAUUGCUGAUAAAACUCGAAGAAGACUUCUAAGUACUGCGUCUGGCAGCAUCUUCAAAAUGAAUUCCUUCCUCAGGAAAAAUGCGCCUUUUCGGCGUACCCAAAUGCCAUCUGGGGUGGAUUCGACGUCUCAGCGUGCCACAGAGAAUAUUCAUUCUCCCCGACCCUUCACUCCACCGGAUCUGUCCUCCAUCCCCAACAUGGACGGAACCCCUCACCAACCAUUGAGCACUAACAACGCAUUGGAUUCGAAUGAUAACAAUGGAUUACCCGGACCUUACAUCGUCGGCAGUCCCAUCGAUCUGGGACAAAUAGAUAAUGUUGACAACAUUGGCUCCCACCUCCAAGAUUUCGCUCCACCUUGGUGCGGCAAACGAACGAAUGACGAUCACAUAGAACUUAGGGAAACCGGAACUUCAGGGUCAGGGGACGCAGAUACGGUAAAUGUGGGGAAUCACCCUUUACCGCCAGAUGACCAAGAGGAAAGGGUUGUUUUCAUAAACCUGCCUUCUCAGCAACCAGCAAAAUACAAAACCAAUCACAUUACCACCGCAAAGUAUUCUGUAUUUUCGUUCAUCCCUUCGUUUUUGUUUGAACAAUUUCGAAGGUAUAGUAACUGCUUUUUUCUCUUCAUCGCGCUAAUGCAGCAAAUACCUGAUGUCUCACCCACGGGACGCUACACCACACUAGUGCCACUAAUAUUCAUCCUCAGCGUAUCUGCGCUCAAAGAAAUCGUUGAAGAUAUUAAAAGGCACAGAGCUGAUGAUGAAAUAAACAAACGUGAAGUGGAAGUUCUUAGAAAUGGUAAAUGGGAAUGGGUUCAAUGGCAGACUGUGGCUGUUGGCGACGUAGUUAAGGUUCAUAAUAAUAAAUUUUUUCCUGCCGAUUUGAUUAUGCUGUCUUCGUCCGAGCCACAGGGUAUGUCAUUUAUUGAAACUGCAAAUUUGGAUGGUGAAACAAACUUAAAAAUUAGACAAGCUGUGCCCGAAACUGCCAAGUUGUUGGAUACAAAAGAGUUGACAAAAUUUAUAGCAAGCAUACAAUGCGAGCCACCUAAUAGACAUUUAUAUGAAUUUUUUGGAGUUCUACGAGAAGUCAACAAACAAAGCAUACCGUUGGGUCCUGAUCAGUUACUUCUACGUGGUGCAAUGUUACGGAACACUCGUUGGGUGUUCGGGGUUGUAAUAUACACAGGCCAUGAUACAAAACUGAUGUGCAAUAGCACCAGUGCUGCACCCCUGAAACGAUCAACUCUUGACCGCCUAACAAAUACCCAGAUUCUGAUGCUGUUUUUCAUACUUCUGAUGCUGUGUUUGAUAUCGGCUAUAUUUAAUGUUAUUUGGACACAUGCUCAUGAGCAGGAUUUAUGGUAUUUAGGUUUGCAUGAAGCAAUGACCAAGAACUUUGGUUAUAACUUAUUAACUUUCAUUAUAUUGUUCAAUAAUUUAAUACCGAUAUCGUUGCAAGUUACGUUGGAGGUAGUACGAUACGUUCAAGCAACUUUCAUCAAUAUGGACGUGGAAAUGUAUCAUGCAGAAACAAACACUCCUGCAAUGGCACGUACCAGUAACCUCAAUGAAGAACUUGGAAUGGUCCGUUACGUUUUCACAGAUAAAACCGGGACCUUAACUCGGAAUGUGAUGGAAUUUAAACGGUGUUCAGUCGGUGGAAAGCUGUAUGACCUGCCAACAUUGACAGGAAACAAUGAUGGUGUGAAAAGAAUAAAUGCAGAUAUGAGCUGUUCGUUAGUUAAAGAUAUAAUGGAUGGUAGAAUCAAAGCAGAUAAUCCGUCAAAUGAUGAUUUGGCUAAACAAACUACUGCUAAAAUUUUACACGAAUUUAUGGUCAUGUUAUCUGUUUGUCACACAGUUAUACCUGAGAAACUUGAUGAACAAAUUGUUUAUCAUGCUGCAUCACCUGAUGAAAGAGCUCUUGUGGACGGAGCAAGGCAAUUUGGUUACGUAUUUAAUACACGAACACCUAGUUCGGUAGAGAUAACUGCAUUAGGUGAAUGCCAACGUUACGAGAUUUUGAACGUCAUUGAAUUCACUUCUGCCCGCAAAAGAAUGUCUGUGAUUGUACGAACACCAGAUGGACAGAUAAAGUUAUUCUGUAAAGGAGCUGAUUCAAUCAUUUACGAGAGGCUCGCUAGUAAAACAACCAACAACCAUGAAGAUGGCGUAGAUUUUAGCGAAAUUACACUAAACCACUUGGAAGCUUUCGCGACUGAAGGAUUGAGGACACUUUGCUUCGCUGUCGCUGAUAUACCUGAAUCACUUUAUCAAAGGUGGCGAGAGACUUACCACAAAGCGGCGACCAGUAUGGAAGAUCGUGAAAAUAAAUUAGAGUAUGCCGCCAACCUCAUAGAAAAUAAUUUAUCACUGUUAGGAGCCACUGCAAUUGAGGAUAAACUCCAGGAUCAGGUACCAGAGACUAUAGAAUCUUUAAUACAAGCUGAUAUCAACGUAUGGGUUUUAACUGGCGAUAAACAAGAAACAGCAAUAAACAUUGGAUAUUCGUGCAAACUCAUUACGCAUCCAAUGCCUCUAAUUAUAGUCAACGAAAAUUCUCUGGACAAAACGAGAGCAGUAAUCAGACAACACUGUACCGACUUUGGACAAGAAUUAAGAUGCACAAAUGACGUAGCUCUAGUAAUUGAUGGAAACAGUUUGAAGUAUGCUUUGCUGUGUGAUUUGCGGCAGGAUUUCCUCGAUUUGUGUACAUCCUGCAAAGUUGUUAUUUGCUGCAGAGUAUCUCCUAUGCAGAAAGCAGAGGUUGUAGAUUUGGUCACUACUUGUACAAAGGCAGUCACUCUUGCGAUUGGCGAUGGUGCAAAUGAUGUAGCCAUGAUUCAGAAAGCUCACGUUGGAGUUGGAAUAUCAGGAGUGGAAGGACUUCAGGCAGCUUGUGCUUCGGAUUACUCAAUAGCGCAGUUUAAAUUUUUAAAACGAUUGCUAUUUGUACACGGUGCCUGGAAUUACAGUAGAAUGUGCAAAUUAAUUUUAUAUUCAUUUUACAAGAAUAUUUGCCUGUAUGUUAUCGAACUUUGGUUUGCCAUAUACUCAGGUUGGUCUGGUCAAAUCUUGUUCGAAAGAUGGUCCAUCGGUCUUUACAAUGUGGUAUUUACAGCAGCACCGCCCUUGGCAAUGGGACUCUUUGAUAAGGUCUGUGCGGCUGAAACUCAUUUAGCACAUCCAAGAUUAUACCAUCCACCCAACUCUAUGGACUCUAUGUUUAAUAUAAAAGUAUUUUGGAUGUGGAUAAUAAAUGCAUUGGUCCACUCUGUUCUGUUAUACUGGUUACCAUUAUUAGCCCUUGAGCAAGACGUAAUAUGGAGCAAUGGUCGAGACGGAGGUUAUAUAGUGUUGGGAAAUUGCGUGUACACUUAUGUUGUAGUGACGGUGUGUGCAAAAGCUGGAUUAGUCACAAACUCAUGGACAUGGGUGACACAUUUAGCGACAUGGGGAUCUAUUCUACUCUGGUUCUUAUUUAUUCUUACGUACAGCAAUUUUUGGCCAACCUUCAAUGUCGGUGCAGUAAUGGCUGGUAAUGACAGGAUGCUCUUCACUUCUCCUGUCUUUUGGCUUGGUCUCAUUCUCAUUCCAACAGCAGUCUUACUGCUUGAUGUUACUGCUAAAGCAGUCGAAAAUACAAUCUGGAAAUCAAUAACGGUAGCGGCACGGGAACAGGAGAUCAAAAAAUCUGAUCCAAGUGACGUACUUAAUAAACAGGACCACAGAAGCUCGAACUGGAAAAAAUGGUCACCCAGGCGAUGUUUCAUCCGUCGUUGGUUUUUGACAUCGCUAUGGCCACCGCCACGUCGAAGUUUCUUGAGAAUACGAACGCGAAUGUUUCCAUUAUCACUAGUAACUCAAGGCCUGUUAAAACCACGCAGUUCUACACUACGUGUAUAACAUAUCUCUCCCUGCACCUUGUCAAUCCUUCGUUCCAAGAAACCAACAUGGAAUGCAAAUUUUAACUAACAACAAAAAAUCAGGGCUCGCCACUCUGGAAAUAUCUAUGAGGCAUGCAUCCCUAUCAAGUAAUUAUAUCAUUUGAAUUAUAAUUUCAUAACACUACAUGAAAUAACUUUUCACUUGUCACAUCUAUUCAUUAGUGCAAAGAAGCACAGCCGACUAUUUUUGCACAAAUUUAUUUGAUUGUGAAUAAUCUUGUACAUCAGUCUUCGUGUAGGACGGUUCUAAUUUUUGUCUAGAUUUCUAUUGUGAAUUAUAGUUCUUCAAUUUAUUUCUUGUUUUUAGUUUUCUCGAGUGUGUUUUCUCCUCUUUGAUAGACCCCGAGGCUAAACGACAGCUGGAAUGUUGAAUAGUAGUAUGUCGUAUAUCCUUAAGACUAUUUUAGUAAAUUCGUACAAUAUGCUCAUUUGACGUAAUUUUUAGACAAGUUACAAAUGUAAAGCUCCUUAUUUUUGUUAUUACAUUAAUUUUUAUUUUUGAUUCAUGUAUUGUCCCACCUAAAUGUUAAUUUAUUUUGUUACAGAAAAAAAAUGAAAAAAUAAUUUCCAACCACCUUGUUAUCCUGAUCCCUUUUAUAUUAACUGGUGGGCUAUUCCACAUGGAAACAAUCACUCUGGUCUCAAAUGCUAACGAAAUCCAACUUCGAAAGGGCUAACAAAAUGGAAAACUGAAAAAUAUAUGAGACCUGAUUGACUUUUUGCAACUGAAAUAGCCUUUACACUAUUUGACACAUUUUUUCAUCAAGUGUUUCGCAUCCAAUCUUGCAUCGCUUUAACUAUUUUGGUAAUAUUAUUCUGCAACUUAUAAACUUACAGCAUUGAAAGUACCGAAGUGGGUAUAAGUUGGAUCAUAUUUCAAUAUAUUGUUGUAGAUAGGUUUAUUACAAUCAACAUUUAUAUAAAUUAAAUUACAAAUGAAUAGUAAAGGAACCAGUUACACAAAGUAAAUAUUCCUACCACUAUAUUCUCGGUACUGUUUUACAAAAUACUGAUGAUUGUUACCAUGCUUCGAAUAAUCACUCAUGGACCAAUGAUCUAACAACAAACUUUCCAAAAUACACUAACAAACAUGAAAUUAUCACCCUAUGUGUGCUCUUCAUUUGAAAAAUGUACUAAUAAUUGAAUAUUGAUUGUAACCUGUACGUUAGAGUGAUUCUUGGUAACUAUGGAUAAAAAGUAAUUACUGUCGUUA